AUGGCGGGCUCGAAUAUAAACCCUUCUGGCGACCGACACAACCACGAAUCCAGCCCGCUGCUACCAGGAUCGAACCACCAUUCAAACCACACGCACACGUUCGCCGACGGCAUCGCUCACGAAGGAGAAAGCGGCCGCCAUGGCAUCAACCCAAAGAUAUUCCUCCAAGUCGUCGCCCGAUCUUCAAACAAGGUAUCGAUGUACGUCAACGUCCUCUGGCCAUUCGUACCCAUCGCCAUCAUCCUCCGCUACACGACCAACGCCCAUCUCUGGAUCUUCGCCGCCAGCUACAUUGCCAUGAUUCCAGCUGCCAAUCUUCUCGGCUUUGCUGGACAGGAGUUCGCCCGCAAAAUGCCCAAGGUCGCUGGAAUCCUCAUCGAGACCACUUUCGGAUCUGUUGUUGAAGUCAUCCUAUUCGUCGUGCUGAUCGCCAAGCACAAGUCGAAUACAGACGAGGGAGAGGACAAUGGCGAUGAAGGCAAUCUCAUUCCCAUUAUCCAGGCCGCCAUCCUCGGUAGUAUCAUGACGAAUCUGCUACUCUGUCUUGGUCUGUGUUUCUUCUUUGGUGGCAUCCGCCGACAUGAGAAGAGCCAGAAAUUCCACGCCGUGAUCUCAGAAGUGGGCAGUGGUCUCCUCCUAGUGGCUGCUUUUGGCUUGCUGAUCCCAAGCGCUUUCUACUCUGCGCUCAAGUCGGAGACCGUUUCGGCGUUGCAGGAGAAAUUCACGGAGGGCAAGCUGGAAGAAGACAUUGUCCGUAUCAGCCAAUGGACCUCGAUAGCGCUUAUCGUCGCAUAUAUGUGCUACCUGAUCUACAGCUGUACCUCUGCACACUCCAUUUUCGACGAAGUCAUCGAGAUGGACGAGCACGCCGACGCCGAUCGAGAGGAUGACAUGGCCAAGGCGAAGCUGACCCUGACGGAGACAUUCGCGGCUUUGGCCAUUGCCAUCGCUUUUGUGACAUGGCUGCUCAUCAUUCUCGUUGGCAACAUUGAAGAAGUCGUGGAAGCUGGUGUGCCUGAUCAGUUCCUUGGUUUGAUCCUCCUGCCGCUGGUGGAGAAGGCCGCCGAGCAUUUGACUGCGAUUGAUGAGGCGUGGGAUGGCGUGAUCAAUGUCGCCUUAUACCACUGCAUCGGACCGUCUAUUCAGACUGCUCUGCUGAAUGCUCCUCUUGUGGUCUUGGUCGGAUGGGCUAUUGGCAAGCCGAUGGACCUGAACUUUGAGAUCUUCAUGAUCGCCUUGCUGGUCUUGUCGAUCCUUGUGGUGGGCAAUUUCUUGAGGGAUCAGGAGUCGACUUGGCUUGAGGGCGCUUUGUUGGUGAUCAUCUACAUCAUCAUUGCUAUCGCCUCGUACUACUACCCGAAUCCGGACGUCGCAACUACCAACGACAUCGAGGUGGUGAAGCAAAAUGUCACAAUUUCGCUUGACUUGUACAAGCAGCUCCUUGCUGCGCUACCGAAGCCGGAGUUGUGA